AUGCUGCUCGAUGCAGUUUGGCUUUGUACUUUCCUUCUGAUGGGGGCCGGAGUCUCGGCGUUCAAGCUCUUUCCCAGCAAACGCCUCGUGGAGGGUGGUGAAGCCGUGUCUAAAUAUCAAGCGCGCGCCCACAUCAGCGAUGAAGACGUCCUCGAAUCCAGGAAUGCAGUCUACGCUCUGAAAAGAAGAGGUUUGGGAUCCUUGAUCUGCUGCAAGGCCAUGCCAGAAGUGGAUGAAGCUGCCCACACUCGCAAGUGGGCAGAGAUCGAGCACCUCCACGAGAAUCCGCCCCACGUAUCUUUGGCUAUGACGUCCAAGUCAUCCACCUUUCGACCUAUUCCUAAAGAGUGGGAAGGCGUGCAGUACGUCAAUCACCCCUACGUCAUCCCAACCAAAGCCACAUCUCUGAAGGUCGACCCUUCGCAGAUCGGCGCACACGUCACCGGCUCACUCGGCCCGACGGACGUGAGGCUGGAGUCGGGUGAUCAUGAUUGGCACGUCAAGCAGAAUUUCGCCGAGGACAUCUACGGUAAUCUUCAACUCACCAGCCACGAGAUCACAAAGAUUCCCCACACAAGUACACAUUUGCCCAUGGACAAGCUACCUCCAGGACCAGACGGUGGAGAAAUGAGGCCUCCGAAGCAGAUCCGGCGCUAUAUGACCGAAAGACCAGAGCUCGUUCGAGAUAAAGAGCCAGCGGCGCACUCAACGUAUGCGGGCGACAAGACGUGGGAGUGGAACAAGGAGCCCAACGAAUUGAAAAAACGGCCGUCACAGGAUCUUCAUCUCAAAUUUCACAAGUACGCUCCCAUCCAUUUCCGAGAGGUCAGGCAGUACCAUACCGAGGUCGCUGGCCAGCCCACGUUCGUCGUGACAAAAGAGGCUCGCCAUCCGCCCUUGCCAGAGCAGUACGCUGAGCUCCCAAACGCUAGUGCAAAGCAUGAACAAGAAACAGCUCCCAACGCCGGCGCUUCUAUUGCUGACGUGCCUAGCGAGCAGAGCAAGCUCGUGCCUUACAAAAAGAAGCGCUUGCCAGGCUUCUUUUGA